CGUCCCUCAGCUGAGGCGGCCGUGCGUGCCGCAGAUGAGCGGCGCGAGCCCCCUCGGGGGCUGAGGCAGGGCCGGCUGUCGCCCCUUUGUCAGGCACGGCGCAGGGACGACGAGAGGAGAAAAUGAACGGCCCCGGGAGCACCAACUUCAGGCGGAUGGCCAUCCGGAGGAAAUCCAGCUCUACCCUCAACAGCGCUGCCUUGGUUUUCUUCCAGGGAACCGCAGGCACGCCGCCUGUUUCCCGUCAGGAGCAAAAGCGAGACACUGGGACGGAAACGGGCCCAGCGACUGCAGGUGGCAGUACAUGUCCAAAGAGCUUCCUAACUCCACCUUGUUCAGCAAACAGCACAGCUAGGCUAUACGAGUCAAACAUCUGCAAUGAAGUGGCUCAGGGAAUAAAUGGAAACGUGUCAGUUAAAAAUUUCCCACAGCCAGCUUCAAAUCCAAAGCCACAAGUGCCUCCAAAGCCAUUGCACCUGCAGAAUUCACAGUCAUCCAUUGCCCACCAAACUCCUAGGCCUAAAGCUUUAUAUACUACCAAGUCAAGAAUGGAGGAAGUUACAUCUACCUCUUCUAGUAUAUCAAAAGAAAAAUCUAGUAAAGUUUCUGAUCUCAUCAGUCAUUUUGAAGGAGGCAGCCCUUCCGUUCCUAGUGAGCUGAAGAAAGAAUCCUCUGUUCUAAAUGUUGCUAAAUCUCAUGGAAAGCAUGGGUCAGCACCAUCACCUCAGCCAAAAUUCCUCACCCAACACCCACUACAGAAGCAGGGAAAUACUACAGACCACUCUCAGGAUGUAUCAUCUCGCACAGCCAAUGGAGUAGUAGCACAGAAACAGUUGGACUGCAGGGACAGCACAUUGUCAUUUCUUGAUGCCAAUAGGGCCAUUCAGAAAAAUGAUGCUUCCUUUGGCAGCAGCUUGGUAAAUGGAGAGAGAGAGAGAACUAGUAAAGACUCAUUGCAAACUACAGAGGCAUGUAAAGGGCAAACAAUCAAUAGCUGCUGUCAGAUGCCAAGUGAGAACAUACUGCCAUUUGGAAAAGAAGCUGUAGAGAUGAUUACCAAUACAGAGAAUAAGCAUGUUGAGGAGCACAAUAAGCAAGACUCAAGUGUGGAGACAAAGGAGACAAAUGAACAGAAAUGUUACAAAAUUGCCAGUGAACUUUUGCACACAGAAAGAGCUUAUGUCAGCAGACUUGCUCUCUUGGAUCAGGUAUUUUAUUGCAGACUGGCAGAUGAAGCUAAUCGGGGAUCAUUUCCUGCUGAAGUUGUUAAUAAAAUAUUUUCCAAUAUUUCAUCAAUAAAUCAAUUCCACAGUCAGUUCUUGCUGCCAGAGCUUGAGAAAAGAAUGCAAGAAUGGGAUACAAACCCCAGGAUCAGUGAUAUCCUGCAGAAAUUAGCUCCUUUCCUCAAGAUGUAUGGCGAAUAUGUGAAGAAUUUUGACAAUGCAAUGGAAUUAGUGAAAACAUGGACUGAACGAUCACCUCACUUCAAAUCUAUUAUUCAAGAUAUUCAGAAACAAAAAAUCUGUGGAAAUCUGACCUUGCAACAUCACAUGCUAGAACCAGUGCAACGCAUUCCACGGUAUGAGAUGCUCCUGAAAGACUACCUAAGAAAAUUGCCUCAAGACUCUCUAGACUGGAAGGAUGCUGAAAAAUCUUUGGAAAUAAUAUCCACAGCAGCAAGUCAUUCUAAUAGUGCAAUCCGAAAAAUGGAAAAUUUGAAGAAGUUGCUGGAAGUUUAUGAAAUGUUAGGGGAAGAAGAAGAUAUUGUUAAUCCUUCAAAUGAACUCAUAAAAGAAGGACAGAUACUUAAACUUGCUGCUCGGAAUACAUCUGCCCAAGAAAGAUACCUUUUCUUAUUCAACAACAUGUUGCUAUACUGUGUCCCCAAAUUCAGCUUAGUGGGAUCUAAGUUCUCUGUUCGGACAAGAGUUGGUAUUGAUGGCAUGAAGAUUGUGGAAACACACAAUGAAGAAUACCCAUACACGUUCCAAGUGUCUGGAAAAGAGCGAACUUUGGAGUUGCAGGCGAGUUCAGAACAAGACAAAGAAGAAUGGAUAAAGGCUCUUCAGAGUACUAUAGAUGCUUUUCAGCAGAGGAAUGAAACAUUCAGAAAUGCUAUAGCAAAAGAAUAUGAGGACAUGCCUAUUGAAGUUUCUACUGCUGAACUUGGGAAGAGAGCACCAAGAUGGAUUCGAGACAAUGAAGUCACCAUGUGCAUGAAAUGCAAGGAGUCCUUCAAUGCACUGACAAGGAGGAGGCAUCAUUGCCGGGCAUGUGGGCAUGUGGUUUGCUGGAAAUGUUCUGAUUACAAAGCUCAUCUUGAUUAUGAUAGUGGUAAACUGAACAAGGUUUGUAAAGACUGCUACCAUAUUAUAACAGGGUGCACAGACAGUGAAGAAAAGAAAAAGAGAGGAAUCUUAGAGAUUGAAUCUGCAGAAGUAUCUGGGAACAGUGUGAUAUGUAGUUUUCUCCAAUAUUUGGAAAAAUCCAAGACUUGGCAAAAGGCUUGGUGUGUGAUUCCGAAACAGGAAGCCCUUGUAUUGUAUAUGUAUGGUGCUCCACAGGAUGUAAAAGCACUGGCUACUAUUCCGUUGUUGGGAUACACAGUAGAUGACACUCCAAGAAGUGCUGAUCUGCCACACAGUUUCAAAUUGACUCAGUCCAAGUCUGUGCACAGCUUUGCUGCCGACAAUGAGGAACUGAAGCAGAAAUGGUUAAAGGUAAUUCUUUUGGCUGUCAAAGGUGAAACACCAGACUGCACAAGUGAUUUGCGGGUGAGUUUGGAGGAUCAGCAUGAAAGCUCUGCAAAACUGGAAUCUGAAACUUAACACAACAAAUGGUCUGUUAAGAUAUAUUUUUUUGCACUCAAACUUGGGGUGACACUACUUCUGAAAACAACAAGAAAGAAGCCAGCCUUCCUAAUUCUACCAUGUUUCUGAGCACUUUAUGUUGAAAAGAAACCAAGUUCAUCUUUUUAGAGAAACUUUUAUUAUAUUUGUUGUUUCAAUAAAAUUAAUGUACAGAGGCA